AUGGAGAGCUGCGUCAGGAACUCCGGUGUAAUGGAAACUACAGAACCAUCUCUCAGCAGAUACUUUGUUCCCAUGCUCCUCCUUCAGAUGAUAGCACCAAGUUCAGAACAUUUUAUAGUGACUGGCUUACAGGGGCCAAUCUUGGCUCCAUUUGGUGGCAUAGUUGAGCUCAGCUGCCAGCUGUCCCCACCACAAAAUGCAGAACACAUGGAGAUACGCUGGUUCCGGGAUCGCUAUACACAACCUGUUUACCUGUACAACAAUGGCAAAGACCUGCAUGUAGAAACUAUCUCCAGGUAUGUGGAGCGGACAGAGCUGCGGAAAGAAGCUAUCCGAGAGGGUAAAGUGACCCUCAGGAUCCUCAAUGUCACUGUUGAUGACCAUGGGGAGUACCACUGCUUCUUCAAAGAUGGUGAUUUUGAUGAAGAAGCCAUCACAGACGUGAAGGUCACAGGUAGGGAUGGAUCUCUUUGA